GCUCCCGGGCUUCAGUUGCAGCAUAGCGUUGUGCGAGUCAACGUGAAACUUCCCAUCGUCUUCUCAGCUCACCUAGAUUUCAUAGAAAGCAAAAUGAUGCAAAAUGGCAUGGACGCAGUGCCCCAACAGAACGGCACUAUGCACACAAAUUCGUCAACGUCUUCAUCUUCAAAUUCACACAAUUCCUCUUCGCAAACUAAUACGGGUGGACAACAAGAAGAAAGUAAGACGAAUUUGAUUGUCAAUUAUCUGCCACAGACAAUGACCCAAGAAGAAAUCCGCUCCUUGUUCUCGUCUAUCGGUGAAGUUGAGAGCUGUAAACUCAUCCGUGACAAAGUUACAGGACAAAGUCUGGGAUACGGAUUUGUGAACUACCAUCGACCUGAAGAUGCAGAGAAGGCCAUUAAUACUCUGAAUGGCUUGCGGUUACAGAAUAAGACCAUAAAGGUUUCAUAUGCACGGCCAAGCAGUGAAGCCAUCAAAGGAGCAAACCUGUAUGUCAGUGGGCUGCCAAAAAACAUGACACAGCAGGACUUGGAAAAUCUGUUCAGUCCAUAUGGCAGGAUAAUUACUUCACGAAUUCUUUGUGACAAUAUCACUGUCCGCCAAUUUGUCAGUGGAGCCGGAGACAGUUUACCCUGUCUGUCUAAGGGUGUUGGCUUCAUUAGAUUUGACCAACGUAUUGAAGCUGAACGUGCAAUCCAGGAACUUAAUGGCACUGUUCCAAAAGGUUCCACAGAAGCCAUCACAGUGAAAUUUGCAAAUAAUCCAAGCAACAACAACAAAGCAAUCCCUCCUUUAGCAGCUUACUUAGCUCCUCAAGCUCGGCGCUUUGGCGGACCGAUUCACCACCCGACGGGGCGCUUCAGGUACAUUCCACUGUCACCACUCUCCAGCACUGGCAAGACCAUGCUAGCCAUAAACAAAGGCUUACAGAGGUAUUCACCGCUAGCUGGAGAUCUGCUUGCCAAUUCAAUGCUACCAGGAAAUGCUAUGAAUGGCUCGGGAUGGUGCAUCUUCGUGUACAACUUGGCACCGGAAACAGAAGAAAAUGUCCUAUGGCAACUGUUUGGCCCAUUUGGUGCAGUACAGAGUGUUAAAGUUAUUAGAGACCUCCAAACCAACAAGUGCAAAGGUUUUGGCUUUGUAACGAUGACAAAUUAUGAUGAAGCUGUAGUAGCUAUCCAGUCACUAAAUGGAUACACUUUGGGAAAUCGUGUCUUGCAGGUGUCGUUCAAAACAAACAAAAGCAAAACCACAUAAGUGGCUGAAAGAACUUGUACAGCUGCUGUCACAUUGGCUGCUGUAGUGCAUUUUGCGUGACCGUGCUAGUCAUAAGCUGAAGCAGGUGAGAAGGCUGCACUUGUUUAAUAAUGAUCACUCUAUGAAACCAGGAAUUGUGGAGCUAAUAAUUGUUGGCAAUUAGUUCAUUUGGUUGCUAGAUUUCCCUUAUCCUCCCUGUUCAUCCUUGUUCCCUUUCCCCAUCAGCCAUUCCAAUCCCUGUGUUCUUCACAGUUCCAUAGAGUUUUUAGUGUCCUUUCUGAAAUAAUUUUUGGAACAAAUGCAGCUUUCCAGAAGGGUUAACUUUCCAGGUGUAUUAUGGUUUUAUUGCCCAAUAAUAUACUUGACUAUAACUGAUAAAACGCAGCCAACUUUGAGCUAGUCAAGACUAGUGCAAGUCAUGUGUUUCCUAAAGAAAGGUGUAUGAGGAGCAAAGUGGCAUUUUAUAAAAUCCUCCUCAUUCUCCUUGGUGGCAAUUCUAGACAUUUUAUUAUGUAAUUUAUUAAAUAUUUUAAUCAGUAAUGUUACUCAAGCUGUGUGCAAACUGGACAUUCGAUACUUCAGUGUCCAGCAUUGCAAGCCAAAGAAUAUGUUGUAAACUAUAUCUUAAGAUAUAUGAAGCAGCUAUUAAUGCUAUCAUUUUGUAGGAAUAUACAAAAUAUGAAAUUUCUCAUUCUGCACACAAUUCUUGUAACAUUGCUGGCCAGAAUGUACUGGCCCAUUCAUAUAUAUAUAUUUUUUUUCUUUCUUUUUGUGUGUGCAACGUUUGCUUUCAUUUUUAACAAAACUUAAUUCACCCAUUUGUUUUUUGAUAUAGUUAACCUGCAUUAUGUAAUUAUUUUCUAAUUUAUGUUGCAUAUGGUUCUUACUUUCUGCCAGAAGUUGGCGAACGC